CCUCCUCUACUCCCGGCCCAGUCUCCGCCGAGAGACUGAGUCAGGCGACCGAAUGAACUAGCAGCGGCUCGAUCCGACCUGCUUCCCCGGACAUCUCCCCGAGAGUCCGAGGAAGGCAAUCACUGGAAAGAGGCCAGGGAACCACGUUGCCCUGGAUCGUUGCCAACUGUACAAAGUUGACCGGGAAAAUGGCUCAGCAGACGGCAAGCCCGGACACCUUAACAGUCCCUGAAGUGGAUAAUCCGCAUUGUCCAAACCCCUGGCUGAACGAGGAUCUUGUGAAAUCCUUGCGGGAAAACCUGUUGCAGCACGAGAAGUCCAAGACAGCAAGGAAAUCGGUUUCUCCCAAGCUCUCACCGGUGAUUUCGCCGAGAAAUUCCCCCAGGCUCCUGCGCAGGAUGCUUCUCAGUAGCAACAUACCCAAACAGCGGCGGUUCACAGUGGCACAUACGUGCUUCGAUGUGGACAAUGGCACAUCUUCUGGACGGAGUCCCUUGGAUCCCAUGACCAGCCCGGGAUCUGGGCUAAUUCUCCAAGCAAACUUUGUCCACAGUCAACGCCGGGAGUCCUUUCUGUAUCGAUCCGACAGCGAUUAUGACCUCUCACCAAAGUCUAUGUCCCGGAACUCCUCCAUUGCCAGUGACAUACAUGGAGAUGACCUGAUUGUGACUCCCUUUGCACAGGUCUUGGCCAGCCUGCGAACUGUACGGAACAACUUUGCUGCAUUGACUAAUUUGCAAGACCGAGCACCUAGCAAAAGAUCACCCAUGUGCAACCAACCAUCCAUCAACAAAGCCACCCUAACAGCUGAGGUAAUACCAGAAGAACUCAAGAGUAGACUUGAAGUGAUAUCAGAAGAAGGUGGUUACCCAAGUUUACUGACUGCUGAGGAGGCCUACCAGAAACUGGCCAGCGAGACCCUGGAGGAGCUGGACUGGUGUCUGGACCAGCUAGAGACCCUGCAGACCAGGCACUCCGUCAGUGAGAUGGCCUCCAACAAGGAGAGAAUAAAGAGAAUGGGGAAGAGGAAAUAUUCUAGAAGUUCGGUGAAUUCCAAGCAGGAAAUUUUUUUAAAAGAAACUCACCUCCAGAGAAAUCACAGAAACAAAUAGAUCCCAAUACAGCCAGAGAGAAGAGGCAGAUUAUCUACAAAGAAAUAACAAUUAGAUUGACAGCUGUUUAAUUUGUGGGAAGGAGCAGGGGUUCUUCUGAUUGGAAGAAAUUAAAUCACAUCUGAAACUUUAGCUGCAAGGGCAUUGAGAAUAUGGAUUUUUCACAUGUCUAGCCUCUGGAAGUCUCAUAAAAGGAAUGUGGGGGGCUUCUCUGGUGGCACAGUGGUUAAGAAUCCGCCUGCCAAUGCAGCGGACAUGGGUUCGAGCCCUGGUCCGGCAAGAUCCCACAUGCCGCGGAGCAACCAAGCCCGUGCGCCACAACUACUGAGCCUACGCUCUAGAACCCGUGAGCCACAACUACUGAGCCUGUGUGCCACAACUACCGAAGCCCGCACGCCUAGAGCCUGUGCUCCAUAACAAGAGAAGCUACCACAACAAGAAACCCAUGCACCGCAAUGAAGAGUAGCCCCCUCUCGCCACAACUAGAGAAAGCCCAUGCACAGCAACGAAGACCCAACUUGGCGAAAAAUAAAAUAAGUAAUAUAAAUACAUUUAUAUUAAAAAAAAAAAGGAAGGUGGGAUGGCUACUGUGCACACCUGUUUACCUUCUGAAUCCCACACACUACUAAGUAAGCUACUUCAGAGCACUUUGCUGACUGACCUUUCCUUAGUACCUGGAACCGUAGCUAACACAUAGUUGGUGCUAAUUAAAUAUUUGCUGAUUGAAAGGAUUAGCAUCUUAAAUCCUCAUUGGUACUGGGCUUGAUCUCCUUGAUUCGAAGGCACCUGUAAAGUUGUACCUCCCUUUUCCUCUGGAGAUUGGAAUUUGGUCCUGAAACCUGAAGGGAUGUCCUUACAUUUGUUAGGUCAGUGCAUCCUGAGAAAAUUAUCCCUGUUUGUUUGAUAUCUCCAAAAGCAUUUUCCACUGGUAUCAGUGAUUCUAAUAGUUUUCAGACAAACCAUUGAUUGCAUAAGCAAUUGGGUAGAUAUUACUGUAGGAAUCUUCAUACAGCUAUUUUAACCGGAUUGUUUUCCUUAUGACAAGUUUCAGUGUUUCUGGUCCCAAUGUAAAUAACUUAUCGCGCUCCUGACAUCUAUUUAACACACUGUCCUAGGUGACUUUCAUCAACUCCAAUUCUCCACACAACCCAGAGACCUUAAAUAGCUUGCUGUGUAUUAUUGUGCUCAUAAGAGGCCGGGUCAGGAUUAGAACUCAGGUGAAGCCAGCUAGAGAAACCAAUGCCCUAUACUAUCGUAUUUCUCAUCAUUCUCAUAUUCUACUCUUCUGUCACUGUUGCAAAAAAAAAAAAAAAAUUCCCAUUAUUGCACGAUUUUUAAUUGUGUUUGUGAUUGCCUGUAGUAAAGUCUCCUUUCCAAAAAUGCCUAAAGGAGACAUAUCACUUUAAUAAAAAUAUUGCCAGCUAUGAGUGCUAGAUUCUAAUUUUGGUUAUGUUGUGUGACCUUGCUUAGGCUUUCACAUUAAUAAUUUGCUAUGAGGAGGGGAUUUUUAAAAAUAGAUUAUCCGUUGAUGCCCUUUCUUUUGGGCUAUUCUAAAAACAUAUUAAAAGAUUUGGAUGAACGUGGUCUAUCCUAAUGUAAUGUCAUCAGAGUAUUUGAAAGUAACUACAUAUUCACCGCUCCACCAUCUGAUAGCUUUUCUCAUCCAGAACUCUGUGAAGAACUUCGUAGCACUCUUCUUUCUCCUUCUUUCUCCUCCUCCAAAUCGUUACCUCCCUCAGGUUUCUCCACAACAAAGGGCACAAAUAUCCAUUCAAGGCAGGGAGUCUGGGAAUUGAUUCUUCUUAUUUCUUCACUUCCAGCGUUCAAGUCUUAUCAACUCUUCCUCCAUGCUUCUUCCUCUUCUGUCUGCUUUUGCCUGUCUAUGAGCCAUCCUCUACAGAGGCAACUUUUUAAAAUGUAAAUCAUGUCAUGUCACUACCUGCUCAGAACCUUCUGGUGGUACCCCACCCCCUCUGGAAGGCUUGCAAGGACCGCAUGAUCUUGCCCUGACCCAUCUCUAAUCUCAUUCCGCAUACCUAUCCUCCAUCAUGCUGGCUGUUUUUCUAGCCCUUGCUCAGAGUGCUUUGGUCCAAAUCUUUCAGCUCUUUCCAGUCAUCAGUAUCUCAUCUCAGAUAUUACCUUCCUGACUAUUUAAUAGUCUACCAUCACAGUAUCAUGUUACCCCCUUUUCUUUUAUCCAGCAUGUUUGUCACUCAUUUUUUUUUUUUUUUGUCUGCUUGUUUUUUGUCUUUUUGCCCCAAUAGUCCAAGGCUUACCUGAGCAGAGAACUCUUCUGUCUUGUUCAGUACUAUAUCCCUCAUGCUGGCACUUAGUAGCCAUUUAGUAAAUAUUUGUUGAGUAAGUGAAUAACCAUUCUAAAAAUUUUUAUUACUUGAUAUCUAAAGACCAUUACUUUCCACAAGAAUUU